AUGGCGGCGGCGUUUCCCCCUCGUGAGGCCUCCCUUGCGGGGGAAACGCAUUCCGCCGGCGGCGAGCCCUCUCGCGCGCGCUCCGAUGCCGCCCGUUUGCCCCCCCUCCGCGGUUUCCUCGACGACGACGUGGGCGAAGGAGGGGGGCAUCCUGACAGUUUGCGAAAGGAGCGGCUUCGUCGGGCGAUGCGAUGCAUGAAUUUUAUCUGUCGGUAUCUCCAUCUGAUGCGGGAAAGCGAGGCGGAGCUACGUGGGAUCAUGCUUGCCAUGAUGGAUGAUGGGCAGAUCUAA